AUGGGCUCGCCGACCCCAAAUAGGAACAACGGCCAGGAUCGCCACAUGCCCUCUGCUCCGCUUCCGGAGUUGGGCCCGCAGGAGCCGCCGUCCUUCGAGUUGGGCGCGCAGGAGCCGCCGUCCUUCGAGUUGGGCGCGCAGGAGCCACCGUCCUUCGAGUUGGGCGCGCAGGAGCCACCGUCCUUAAACGAUUGCCUCAGAGUGAACCGACUAUACCAGGACGAGCUGAUGCAUGCGAUCAAGAAGCUGGAGGAGCUUCUCGCCAUGAAUCACGAGAACAAGGAGAUGCUCCGGGUAAACACUGCCAAUCCUAGGAAGCGCCCGGGCCAACUUGCACCUAGAAAGCGCUCCCGGGUGGUCUUUACCCACCCCUACUUCAAGGACAUCAGCGGAAUUGGACCUCCGAUGAACGAGGACGAGGUAUCCAGAAGAAGACUUUGUCUGCAGGACCCAUACCUGCGUAGGCCCAAACCAUGGCUUGAGAAGGAUAUUGCCUCGCUUCAAACCAGCAUCCGGAACAACUUAAUUAAGACCAUCAUGGAAUCAUGCAUGGAGAGGAAAUUGAGCUUGGACCAGCUGUGUGGAAUGACUAACCACAGCAUCGACUGGCUCUCCAUUUCCAUCAACGACGUUGGCGUCAACCGCACCCCGCAGCAGUGCGAGCUGAUGUGGAAAAACAAGCUGAGCGGGAAUAUCAGCGCAUGGACAGCGAAGGAAGAUGCAACACUCAAGGAGCUUGUCGCGAAACUUGGCCGUCGCGAAUGGGACAAGGUGGCCGCCCAGUUGGGCGGAAGACGGACGCCAUUCCAGUGUGCCGAGAGGUACAUGCAGCACUUUAGCAAGCACAUCACAUCUGGGGCCUUCACGAAAGAGGAAGAUAUGAAGUUGCUCAAGCUGAUAAACGAACAUACGGUGGACGGCGAGAUACAAUGGAAUAAAGUGACAUUCUUCAUGCCAUCCCGCACGAGGAUGCAGCUGUGCUACCGAUGGGAGCGCGUGCUGAGUCCCAAUCUUCGCCGCGGCAAGUUUAGCGAGGAUGAGGACAAGAUGCUGGUGAUCGCUGUGGAGGCAUAUGGCCACGACUGGGUCACAGUCAAGGAGUACCUGCCAGGAAGAACUGCCCACCAGUGCCGCGAGAGGCAAGUGAAUAAACUUUCUCGCGUAUACGCGAGAGGCCACACAAGCGGACUUGAGUUGCGCUCUCGGGUGGGGAGCCUCUCGUGA